AUGCUCAUGCGUCAAAGCUCGUUUCUACCCCACCAAAAAAUUGAAAAACCUCUAAGAAUACGAAAAAGCGUAAAAGCAGCAGCAGCAAAUUUUAAUCGAUUUUCAUUUUUUUUCCUUUUUUUGUUUUGGGUACACAACUUGGCGGCCGAGAAAUCUUCUGGAAUUUCAAAUAUUUCCUUCGAAAUGUUAUGGUGGACGGAGAAGAAGGAAAUUGAAUUUGAUGCUGUUAAGGAGAUUUUGAAUAAUGAUAUCGUUUAUCAAUUCACUUUUGCCUUUUGGCGAUGUUUUCUUCAAUAUUGCUACUGA